AUGAAAAGCGCCGCCGCUUUCUCGACUUAUCUUGCGCUGUGUCUGUUUGUCACAGACGAUGUUCGGGCAGCACCUUUCCUACGUGGUUUACAGCUAACAAAUGACGCUCAAACGACUAAGAUUGAUGAAAAUAACAAGGGUCUCCAUCACAUGCGACAAGUGAAGACAAGCACUAAAAAGACCAAGAAAAUUGUUAAUUCUGUUUCUGGCAAGGCGCUGCAACACCUUCGAGUUGCUGUCACCGCUCCAUCCAUCAGCUUUGACACUGUCUCAUCGUCCGAUGACGUUGUUACAGCUCCUAGCGCACUAGUUGAUCUAAAUGCUCAGAAUUCUAGCAUAUCCGAUUAUGUCCUUUCCACUUCAGCUACGGUCAAGAGACGAGAGAUGAACAUCUGUGCGCUCGUUACGACAGUUCCAUCUUUCCUGACUAAUUCAACCAAACAAACCCCCGAAACUCAAGAUAGCAACCCAGAAAUGAUCGAAGUCCCAUUAUCUCCAUUCUUAAGUCAGUCAUUCGAGGGUGAUCGCCGUAUCGGGGCUGAUCCUGAAAUCUCUACAAAUAAUGACUUUCUUGUCAGUAAUGACAUUCCAAAAAAUCAUUUAAACGGUGCACAUCGAAUUUAUACUCCAAAUGACGAUUUUCUCGGAAGACACAGCGCUAGCAUUGAUGGCAGCUAUAAUCAGCGGAUAAAUGUUCUUGCACAUAGUGGUAAAGCUCUAAAUAACUGGAAUCGUCAAAACAUGAAAGAAAAGUUUGGCCGAAAUGGCGGCAACUUGUUUUUAGGCGCGAUGGAAGGUCGGAUGCAUCCCGAUUUUCGAAACUUUGGUUUCGAUGGCAGCAAUAUUUUUUUCGGGAACAUUUACGAAGCUCGGCGUAAAUGA